CAAGGGAGCUCAGGGACUCCAGAAAGGUCUAUGGGGAUGGAGUCAGAGGCAAGACCCGGAGGAAGAAAGCCACACCAAACCACGGUCCAGACCAGGACCAGGAGGCCGAGGCACGACUUCAGGCUAAGAUGGAGCAGCGCCAUCUAGAGGCUUACUGGAACAUGCACCGUUUAAGAGACACUCUCAGUCGCCGGUAUGCUGCCCUGCUGGAGGACAAAGUCAGCUCUCAGAGAUCCCAGCAGAGAUCUCAGCUGCUGCAGAGACGUGAGGCCGCCCGGGCAGAGUCAGAGGAUCAGAAUAAACAGAAACAAAAGAAGUUGGUGUUCUCAAAGCUGCAGCACGAUGACUCAUACCUGAAGACCCUCCCCAAAAGCAGCUACUACCUGUUUGACAGACAAAGUUCUCUGUCUCUGUGUUCCUCCUCUGAGAUCUUUGACCUCCAGAGGCAGUUGGCAGAGCGUGGACACCUUCAAACCCACCGGGACUUGGAGGACUUUUAUGGACGCUUCCAGUACGGAGGUCACCCGUCAGAGCUGCAGAGAAGUCUGGAGGAAGUCAGGAGAAGGGUGCUGGAGAGCAGACCUGCAGCAGAUUUGGAGAGAUCAGUACCAGGUCUCUGCCCGACUGAAGACCAGAGAGAAGAGGACGACAGUUCUAACUCCAGGUUAUCAAACCAAGAGUCUGCUUCAGAGGAGAGUCCAGCUGAGGAGAUCUUCUGCAGCAACAAGGAGAAGGACGGACGUGAGCCAGUGUUUCCUGAGAUCAAAGCUCCCAUGUUUGCAACGCUGCAGCCUGACUUCAUGAAGACCUUCCAGAACAAGAUGCCGGAUCUGGUUCUCCCUGAGAUUCCAAAGAAGAGCAGGAGAGCAGAGGUCUACAUGAGGAGGCUGAGAGAGAUGCAUGAUCUGUGUUUGAGCCACAUGGCUUCCUCUCAAAGACUGUUGGACAGAGAGACAGACUCCCUGAGCUGGCAGGAGGAGCGAGGAGGAGACCAAGGUCUGACACUUCCAGGUGUUGACUCCAAACAAGAGACAACAAGCCAAACCCUGCAGCCGCCUCUCUGCUCUCUGAAACCACCGCAGAGCGUCCAGAGAGAGAGAUCUGCAUCCCCCAAACAGCUGAGCAGAAAGACCUCGUCCAGCAGACCUCUCUCCUCUCAGACUUCACUUCAUGACUCAGCAUGGAGCCGUGAGACUCCUGCUCCUCUAUCCAUGGAAGAUUUAUGUUUGUUAAAGCAUGUGGAGGUCGUUGGCUGUGAAGUAAAGUUUUGGAGGAACUACACUGAAAUCACAGAUUACUGAAGAUGAAUUUACUCUGAUGCCUUCAGAGCUUCUUCACCUGUUUAUAAAACUAACAGCUGUUCUAAAUAAUUUACCCCCCAUCUGCAGUUAGAUU